CUUGCCAUUGGCUGAUCAGUCCCACUCCUUGUUUACUACCACCCGUUGAAACUUUGUGGUUUGUGACCCAGCAUUUCAUUAAGCCCUCUGGCUGCCAUGGAACUGUGGACCUUCACCACUCUUGCCCUUGUGGCUGUUGUCGUUUUCUUGUUUUUCCAGUUAGUAUGGAGCAAAGGAUAUCAAGCAAGGCUCCCUCCUGGCCCAACUCCUCUUCCCAUCCUUGGGAACAUGCUACAGUUGGAUUCCAAGAAUAUCCUCACAAUUUUACACAAGCUGUCUGAAAAGUAUGGCCCUGUGUACACUAUAUACAUGGGGCCAAAGAGAGUCAUUAUGUUGCAUGGAUAUGAAGCAGUAAAAGAAGCUCUGGUCGACCAGGGAGACAAGUUCCUACACAGAGAACCACUGCAAAUAUUUAAUGCUAUCUUUAAAGGAAAUGGUAUUCUUUCAAUCAAUGGUGAAAAGUGGAAGCAGAUCCGACGUUUCUCACUCAUGACCCUGAAGGACUUUGGGAUGGGGAAGAGAACUAUUGAGGAGAGAGUCCAGGAGGAAGCCCAGUGUCUGGUGGAGAAGCUCCAAAACACAAAUGCUCAGGCCUUCGACCCCACCUUCAUCCUCAGCUGUGCUCCCUGCAAUGUGAUCUGCUCUAUCCUCUUUAACCAUCGCUUCGACUACGAUGAUGAGAAAUUCCUGCACCUGAUGGGAAUGUUAAAUGAAAAUUUUAGGCUCCUAAACACCCCAUGGAUUCAGCUCUACAAUUUAUACCCUUCACUCAUAAAGCAUCUUCCUGGAAGUCAUAGGACCGUCCACAAAAAUGUUCUCCAAGUGAGGGGUUUCCUAAUGGAUCAGGUGAAGAAACAUGAAGAAACUCUGGAUCCAAAGAACCCUCGGGACUAUAUUGACUGUUUCCUCAUCAAAAUGCAACAGGAGAAAAUGAAUCCACAAUCAGAAUUCAGCUAUGAAGAAUUGCUGUCCACUGCAUCUAAUUUAUUUGCUGCUGGUACAGAAACAACAGCCAGCACUCUGAGAUUUGGGCUUUUACUGCUCAUGAAACACCCAGAUGUACAAGCCAAAGUUCAUGAAGAAAUUGACCGAGUGCUGGGCUCAAGCAGGAGGCCCUCCAUGCAGGACAGAGUCAAGAUGCCCUAUGUGGACGCUGUUGUGCAUGAGAUACAGAGAUAUAUUAGUCUUCUCCCCUUCAGUCUUCCCCGAUCAGCACCCCAGGACAUCAACUUCAGAGACUAUGUGAUUCCCAAGGGAACAAUUGUAUUCCCCUUCUUCCACUCUAUCUUGCAUGAUAGAAAAGCAUUUCCCAACCCACACCAGUUUGACCCAGAGAACUUCUUGGACAAGUCUGGCAACUUUCAGAAGAAUGACUACUUUACGCCUUUCUCUAUGGGAAAACGCCUCUGUCUUGGAGAAGGCCUGGCUCGGAUGGAGCUCUUUCUAUACCUGGUCACCAUUCUACAGAGCUUCACCUUGAAACCCUUGGUUGAUCCAAAGGAACUUGACAUCACCCCAGUCAUGACUGGAAUUCUUAGUGUCCCCCCAGUUUAUAAAUUAUCUUUUCUUCCUAGAUAAAUGAUGUCCUGUAGCCACAGCUUAAUUGCUUUGUUCCCACAAAUUGACAGCACAGUCAAUCUCUAUUUUAAAUGACAGUCUUGGUGUUUGUUGUUGGGAAGACAAUUUUACCUUCUUCAAGUUAAGCACAGUGUUUGGACAGCUCCUGUAAGGGAGACAUACAAGACCAAGGGACAAUGGAGUCACUAAAGCCUAAUACUUGGCCACUCUGCUUUGGCAGCAGCAAAGAACCACAGCAAAGGGAAAUCGUAUGCUCAAUUUAAGAGGUCAUUCCCAAUCUUAAGAAGUUCUGGAAAGUUUGCAAAUUGUCCUUCAUGACCUGGCAAUUGUUUCUAAAUUUUGUUAUGGUGCUAUUUACAGAGAAAUAAAGGACUCACAACUUAGAAUUGUUUUUA